GCUAGCCCAUCUCCUGGCCCCGCGUCGGGCUUCCAACCGUACACCUGCAGACAGACAGUUAUCUCCAAGUCCAACCCAUCGAAAGUCAUGGGUAGUUUAGCUUCAGACAGGCUCGAGAAGAUCGAGUACAACCGCAAACUCGCCUACAAAAUCUGCGAGACAUGGUCCGUCCCCAAGGGUGGAGAUGUUGACCCAUUCUUCGAUCUUUUCCACGACGAUGCCAGCUUUACCACGAUGGCGCAGAAAGGCAUGCUGCCGCGUCUGGCCGGGACGCUUGACAAGAAGGGCUUUCGUGAUUGGGUGUACCAUGAGUCCCGGAUCACAGACCUGUCGGUAAAAGUGGAAGGCAUUACUGCGGACGAGAAUCGCCUAGCACUCGAGGCGAGCUCAAAUAUGAAUGUCAAUGGUAACUCGUACAAUAAUUACUACCAUUGGCUCUUUGAGAUUCAAGACGGCAAGAUAUCUGCGGCAAGGUUCUAUCUCGAUACGCUCUUCGCGAAGAAGGCGAUGGAGUGGAUGGAGGAAUCGGCGGCAAGAGAAAAUCAGUCAUGA